AGCCCCUUGGAGCCGUCUCGACCAUGCCUAGACCUGAGGAAGGGGAUGGCAGAGGUGCUGGAGGCAGAGAAGACGCCCAAGCACAAGGUCAACACCAAGAUCCACCCGUUGCUCCGAUGCAACCUAGCCUUGGACCCUCUAGGGAUGAGCCUAGAGUGUUUGGCCUUGACAAGUUCAACGGUGACAACUUUGCUGAGUGGUCCUUCAAGAUGGAGAACAUCUUCGACCACUAUGAUCUGCUGGAGGUGAUGGAAGGAACGGAGAAGCGCCCCGAGAACGACCCGGAGAAGAGCCCGUGGGUGCGGAAGAGCGCACAAGGCUACCUUCUACUUGGGCAAGCGUUGGGGAGCAGCCAAAUCCGUCACAUCAAGCAUUUUCAGCGUGAACCAGCAAAGGGACCAAAGGCAUGGGCUGCUCUCAAGGGUGUACACGCUCCUGCAACA